UGGGCUUAGCUAUGCGUACGCACCAUUACUUUCUUUGAUCGACUGACAGGGACGAUAGAAAUCGCAGGGAUUUUUCAAUACUGUUCUCUAACAUUCAUUCAUUUCGUUGAGGGUGGGGCGCCAAGAGGAACAGCCUCCAGCGGCGGAGCCCCGUCUAGCGACCGUCCUGCUGCGAGUCCCAGCAUCUCCACCGGCACAGCAGCUUCAGCAGCACUAAGACACAGACUUCUUGCUCAGAACAUUGUAUUACCGUCUUUCCUUCAAUGCGGAUUUAGGGAUAACGGUCCAAAAACGCCUUGGCAAAAAAACCUUCCAUGGAAGGAAAAAUUGAGAAAUAAUGAUUCUUCAAAGAGAUAACUGCCUCUACAAUAAAAGAGCAUGAUGUCUCAUAUAAGCAGUAGGUGGUGGAGAUGGAAGUUAGAGAAAAUUCUUUCACUCGCCUUGCUGUUAAUGCACAUCCAGGAAUCAGCAGUGCUGGGCUGUCAGGUCGAUUGCACCCAGGUGCUGGUCGCAGCAGAGGGAUCCUUUUCGUCCCCCUGCUACCCCAGAGAUUACCCCAAAAACCAGGCAUGCAGGUGGACACUGCGGGCCCCAGCCGGGUUUGUCGUGCAGAUAACCUUCCUCGACUUUGAGCUGGAGGAGGCGCUGCGGUGCAUCUAUGACCGGCUCGUGGUCAACACCGGCACCAACAAUGUCUCGUUCUGCGGUUUAACUGCCAACGGACUGAGCCUCAACUCCACGGGGAACUUCAUGGAGGUGUCGUUUAACUCGGACUUUAGUGUUCAAAAAAGAGGCUUCAAUAUCAGUUACAGGCAAGUUGCCGUAGCACUAAGGAAUCAAAAGGUGACGAUACCGCAAAGUGCUGGGAAAACCGUCAAAUUGUUAAGCCACGUCACCGUCCCGGCUCUUACGCAGUUCUCCAUCUGCUUCGAGAUAGCAAGGACAAGUCAAAAAGCAGAUGAGACCAUCUUCACGUACUCUGAGCAAAACACGGUCCCUAUUAGCUUCGGACAGUCCGGCAGCGCAGGGAUUGAGCUGAAUGUCAACAGCGUAAACUGCCCGCUCGGCAACGCCCUGAGCGCCAGCGAUUUCACAUCAGCCAUGACGCCCAUCUGCCUCACCUGGUCGAGUUUAUCAGGAAACGUCGGUGUGUACGUCAAUGGCAACCACAAAUCGGUGCCCUGCGCCGACUCCAUUGGAAGAUCCAUAAAAGGUGGCGGGACGUUGCAGUUGGGAGGCAAAACGAGUUUCGAUGGAUUCAUUUAUAAUUUCAGAAUGUGGAAUUUCAGUUUGACCACAUCAGAGCUAAAGGCCCUCACCUGUGAUACCCUCGGCAACGUCAUCGACUGGGAAUACACAUUCUGGGAUGUUCAGCCUGCUCACGUUCAGACUGACAGCACACUGAGCUGCAGUUCAAGCUUACCCUCCAUUUCGCCCACCGUCUGUCCUUCCCCAGGCUUGAACUGCCCAGCAACAUCCUCUGUCACCACUAACAUGCAUAUUAACUCAACCACUGCUGCUCAGUCCAUUUCCACUACAAGUACAACUUCGAAUACAAUGCUUCUAACCAGCAAUGUAAUAUCUGUCUCUGAAAUCACCUCUGUUUCAUCUACUGCUGCUGCGGCUCUCACACCAACAGCAAUUAACGGCAUGGCAAAGGAGGCAGAGUUCCACAGGAUUACGUUUGAUGUGACGGAUGAGCAGGGGAAAAUGACUGAAGACAUGGUGACGAACACUGUAAAGCUCUGGCUGAAUGGAUCAUUCGAAGGAUGGCCAGAUUCCUUUAUUACUGUCAGAGUCCAACCAAGACCGGCGGCCGAUAAAAGCUACACGUGCCAAGCCUUGCUGAAGUCCACACUGACAGACACCACUGUCAAGGUUGACACGAUGAUUCGGAGCAAGGUUGUGAACUAUAAAAAGACCUUGGGGGAGGGACUGGCGCUGGAGAACGUUACGGUCCAGCCUGUCGAAAACUGUGAAGCUGAGCACAGCCCUUUGUCUUACAAAUGGUCUGAAAGCAAGCCGACCGUCACCCAGUUCAUACCGUGCUUCGCAAACAAAGAGCAGAACGCCUCCCGGACGUGCAUGAUAAACUGGCAGAACUACACGUCAUUCUGGGGCCCAGCUGAUGUCAGUAAUUGUAAUAUUGGACACAUAGUGGUUUCCCAAGAAAAUGCAGCAGAAGUUGCCUCCGAUUUAGCUGGCAUGACCAACAACAAUCUGUCAACAGAAGAUGUGUCGAUGGUCGUGACGAAACUGAAGGAUAUUAUUAAUGUGGCCAAGAUCAACAGCACCUUGGCCUCCACCAUGGUGACGAUCUUCUCCAACGUGAUGACAAGCUCCAACACGGCUCUCGCCACCUCAUCUGAGAUGAUGCUGAAGAUGGUGGACGAGCUGGUCCUGAAGAUCGAGUUUGAGGGAACUUUCCUCAGUAUCACCUCGAAAAACCUGGCCCUGGGUAUCUCAGCAUUCAACUCCAGCAGUUUCAAUGGGACGUCGUUCAGCGCAUACAUCCCUGCCAACAGCACUGACCUCCAGAUCAACUUUGAGUCGAGUCAGCAGAAUUCCCUGGCGACUGUCACCCUGCCGUCCAAAUUGCUGAGAAAUUUGAGCUUUGGAGAAGCAGAUGCACUCUCCAGGAUAAACUUCAUGUUCUUCAACAACACUGGGCUCUUUCAGGAUGAAACGAACAAUAGCUAUUUCUUGAACAGUUAUGUGGUGGCCAGCAGUGUGGGCAAUCACUCCAUAAACAACCUCCAGGACCCCGUGGAGAUUGAUAUUGUUCACCUGCAACUCAAGCCUGCAGCAAGUGUAGUGAAAUGUGUGUUUUGGGACUUCAGUUUCAAAAAUGGCAGUGGGGGCUGGAACUCCGAGGGCUGCAACGUUAGCCAGUCCAAGUCCACCGCCAGCCGGACAGUCUGUCUGUGCUACCACCUCACCCACUUCGGAAUCUUAAUGGAUAUCUCAAGAUCUUCUGAAUUGCUCAGUGACAAGAACAACAAGGCCCUCACCUUUAUCUCGUACAUCGGCUGCGGCAUCUCGGCCAUCUGCUCAGCGGCGACUCUCUUCACGUACAUUGCUUUCGAAAAACUGCGUCGAGAUUAUCCAUCCAAGAUCCUGAUGAACCUCAGUACCUCACUGCUGCUCCUCAACAUGGUGUUCAUCCUGGACAACUGGCUGGCCCCUGUGAAAGCAGAGGGCCUUUGCAUCUCCAUGGCCGCAUUCCUGCACUUCUUCCUUCUCACCACGUUUACCUGGAUGGGCCUGGAGUCCAUUCACAUGUACAUAGCCUUGGUCAAAGUCUUUAACACAUACAUACGGAGGUACAUCCUCAAGUUCUGCCUUGUGGGAUGGGGUCUGCCAGCUGCCAUAGUGGUUAUUGUGGUCUCCGUGGAUAGAAAGUAUUAUGGAAAGUUGAACUACCAGAAGGACGACGGAGAAGACUCAUCUCAGUUUUGCUGGGUGAAGGAUCCGGUGGUCUUCUACGUAACAUGCGUGGGCUACUUCUCCAUCAUCUUCCUAAUGAACGUGGCCAUGUUCAUCGUGGUCAUGAUUCAGAUCUGCGGCCGCAACGGCAAGCGCAGCAACCGCACGCUGCGGGAAGAGGUACUGCGCAACCUGCGCAGUGCUGUGAGCCUGACCUUCCUCCUCGGCAUGACCUGGGGCUUCGCCUUCUUCGCCUGGGGCCCUGUGCAGCUGGCAUUCCUCUACCUCUUCUGCAUCUUUAACUCCCUGCAAGGAUUGUUCAUAUUCAUAUUUCACUGUGCUUUGAAGGAGAAUGUUCAGAAGCAGUGGAGGAGAUACCUCUGCUGCGGCCGAUUCCGUCUGGCGGACAACUCAGACUGGAGCAAGACAGCCACAAAUAACACGAAGAAGGUCAGCUCGGACAAUUUCGGGAAGUCCCUUUCCUCCUGUUCAUUCGGCUCCAGUACGGCUAACUGGACGUCCAAAGCGAAGUUGACCUUUAACCCCUUUACCAAGCGAAGUAGCAAUGCAGGUAAAGGUUACUGUGGCCAGGGGAAUGCAAAAGUGGGCCAGUCAGAAGCAGACACCUCCUCCAUCCUCCCCGUGCAUCAAGUCAUCGACAAGGUGAAAGGCUACUGCUCUGCAAGGUCUGACAAUUUCUACAAGAACAUCAUCAUGUCAGACAGCUUCUAUGACAGCACUAAGUUCUAGAUGGACCCUCACCUUGCCCUCCUUCACGCCUGAGGUCUGGUUCACCUGCUCGAGAAAACCAGGAAAACCUAAAAUGAACGGCAGUAUCUUCACCCACAUGUUACUGGUGAGACUGCGAUGGAAAAUGACAAAUAUUAUGGGAAAUGUACACUUGUGUAGAGACGAAGGGUUUGGAAUUUUAAUACUGUGAUGUAAAGCUUUCUUCCUUAUUUGAUGGAACAGAUGUAGUGAUUGUCUUUAAUUAUGAACCGAAUUGGAUCAAGCUCCAUCUUUUUCACCAACGCCACUGGGAAAGGGUGAGGCUGGACUAAAUUUGUUCGUCAACGUUCAUGGCAAAACCAUGACGCUCGAGUCGAAUCAGGACAUUGAACUGGUCACCUGUUUUAUAAAUAUUUAUGGCUUGUGCCUUUUCUAAUUGCUUCCUGUGCCUGCAGUUUUUUUUGCAUGUACAGUAAGAGAUGGGCCUUAUUGUUUCCUGUGAGCGGCUCAGUUUCCUUUUGUACGUGGGGCUGUUCUGUGCUGGAUUCCGGAAGUCUCUGUGUUUUCCGCAGCCUUUGAAAGGAGAAGCUGGGUGACAAGAAAUUUGGACUGACAGGUCUUCCUAAAAAAACACCCACAAAGACUGAUGGAAGACGUGGGAUUUUUAGCCAUGUUACAGUUGCCAUUCUGAAGGGGAGAAACCGCAUUGUUUUGUUGCAUUAGUAAUGUUUUGUUUGUGAACUUUGUGACAUUGCUGUAAAUCCUUUGUAAACUGUUUUCGAGGUCAAUUUGGAAUUAUAUUGUUCAUGUUUGAGCUUUCGCCUGCAGAUUCUCUACUACUGAGUAACGUAUACAAGGUAAAAUGGUGUUGGAUAUUUUGAUGCUAUUUAUUCAACCUAUCAGAUAUCAGAAAAAACAAUACAAACUGUAUCGGUUUUUGCUUAGACUCACAGAGAAGCUAUGCAGUACCACACCAAAUUAAGAAACAUUUUUUCCCUAGAAGUAGGGCUUAUUCAUGCAUACCUUCAACGGCCAAUGUCAAUGGUGUAUGUCAAAUUUACACUUUAUUUAUGUCCCCCUUAAAUAUUACUGUGUAAUACAUCAAUAGCUUUUUUUUCUAAAAUAUUUUCAUAUUUAUGUCCACAGUGGCUGAGUAAAAUCUGCUACACUGUCUGGUAAAAGGAUAACAUUAAAAAUGAACAAUGUUGAAGUAUCAGUUAAUCCAAACAGAGGGAUUUGGACCAAUUAUUUAUCACCUUACUACCCCCCCAAUAAGAAGCUAAUGUCAGUGAUGUGUUUGUGUACAGUCAUGUGUAGAAAGAUAAGUGGGGUAAUGUAAUGUUCACUUUUUAUAAUCAUUGUGCUAUAACAGUUCAUUAUUGGAUUGUUGCGCUGAUAAAUGCUGUUCUGUUUCCAUACAAAAUACGGUGGGCCAAAUAUCUCCUACUAAAAUGUACAAUGAA